UGGAGUCAAAGUGGUGCUCAGGAUUCGACGAAAUAUUGAUCGACGGCCAGGACGUCCAGAUAGAAACGUACCUGAUAAAAAGCUUGGAAAACAUUUGAAUUUUAAAUUAUGAUCCGUAUCAAAUAAAUCCGGCAUAUUCUUCACGCCGAGCCCUCGGAACUAAGCCGCUUUAUACAAUAACCCCUCGUGCCGGGAAAACUUUCGACUUGAACAUAUAUACACACGCUCUCCGUCAUCCCUUCCUCCCUGAUUAAUUUCUACUUUUCCUUCGGUUUUUCGCGAGCCACUCAAGAGGCUGAGGAUUUGCCCGGCUAAACCGCUAAAUAAAUGAGAAACGCACGCAGACAUCAGUUUAUAUCUUCUAGAUGAAUUCCUCGAUGGUCGAAUAGGUAUUCGCAUGGCUCCAAACAUAAGCGACCCAUACGAUGGCAACGUGACUACAUGGAAUGUUACAAUAGAGGAAGAACCCCAAUUUACCACCUUGCAAACGAUCGUCAUCACUGUUAUACUUGUAAUCGUCAUAUUAGGAACCACUAUUGGCAAUAUACUGGUCUGCGUGGCGGUAUGUUUGGUGAAGAAGCUCCGUCGACCGUGCAACUAUCUCUUGGUGAGCCUGGCAGUUAGCGAUUUGUGCGUUGCGGUGUUGGUGAUGCCGUUUGCAAUGUUUUACGAGAUAAACGGCAAGUGGAUAUUCGGUGAGAUAAUGUGCAACUUGUGGGUGGGUUUCGACGUUUUGAGUUGCGCCGCAUCCAUCCUCAAUCUGUGUAUGAUAAGCGUAGACCGUUAUUACGCGAUUACGAAACCCCUAGAGUACGGUGUGAAACGUACCCCGAAACGGAUGUUAUUUUGCGUGCUGUUGGUUUGGUGUGGAGCGGCAUGUAUCUCUUUGCCGCCCCUAUUAAUUCUCGGCAAUGAACACAAGUUUACCAAAGGUGAUAUAGUUGAAGAACAGGUGUGCAUAGUGUGCCAGGAGUUCGGUUAUCAGUUGUACGCUACCCUAUGUAGUUUCUACAUACCCCUCAUCGUGAUGAUUGUCGUUUAUUACAAGAUAUUUCGGGCAGCUCGGAAAAUCGUACUGGACGAAAAGAGAGCCCAAAGUCAUUUGGAAUCGCACUGCUAUUUGGAAAUUAGUGUCAAGAACGGCGGAGGUCCACCCGAAAACAAGAUCAGUGCACAUACUCCUUCCCCAGGGAAACCUAACAGGACCAACCACAGAAACAGUUCCAGUAGUUCACAUACUAUGUGUAGCUUGGACAAGACUCCUAUAGGUCGCUGCUUCACUUCCCGGCACAGUAACGAGUCCCAGUGUCCGAUGUUAUCAGGAAAAACCCCGACGAAGAACAACAAGAAACAGCACGGUAAGUCAAGUCUCCUAGCUUCUCUCAGGACAUCUCCUACGUCACAUAACAACCAAAAGAAACUUCGUUUCCAAUUAGCUAAAGAACGGAAGGCCAGUACCACGUUAGGGAUAAUAAUGAGCGCAUUUGUAGUUUGUUGGUUCCCCUUUUUCGUUCUGGCUUUGAUACGACCGUUCCUAGACCAAACGUCGAGAACAUUGGUCACCUUGUCCAGUGUGUUCUCGUGGUUGGGCUACGCAAAUAGUCUGUUGAACCCCAUCAUUUAUGCCACGCUGAAUCGCGAUUUCCGGAAACCGUUCCAGGAAAUCCUGUAUUUCCGAUGUGGUAGACUUAAUCAUAUGAUGCGGGAAGAGUUUUAUCAUAGCCAGUACGGAGACCCCGACCACCAUAUUCCUGCUAGAUGUCAGCCGGACUAUGAAGAGGGUGUCGAAUACAUUGAGGCCGAAGGGGAAGAUGUCAAAGUUCCCGAAGUCAGUGCUGCCCAUGAAUCGUUCCUGUGAUUUAUAAAAGUUAGAAAUAAGUAGGAUGUUAGUUAAAUUAUUUAGGUAUAAACUCAUCGUACCCCUCACACAGUAGUACAAUUACAACCCUUGACUUUAUCCAUAAAUAUUUGCUUACGUUCAUGUCCAUGAUGCAUCGCAUCACACUGAACAAUUCAACUUCCACUCAUUGAAGAUGCUAAAUAAAAUAGCGAAACGUUCGACGGAAUUUUCUUCUUUUGAUUCUUAAUUUUAUCCAAAUCAAAAUAUCUACUACCUAUUGAAGUACGUACAAACAGGAUUCGAUCAAGAAUUUUAAAAAUCCAUAUAAAACUAUGAAUUUCCGCGUACUUCUUUUAUUAAUUAUGGAUUAUUUAGUACUUCCCCGUUUGAAGCCCAUUCAUAACAUUAGUUUAAAAAAAAAACGGUUCAAGAAUUUUUAAAUUUUUAAAAGAUCAUACUUAAAUUAGAUGUUUUCCAUUGGCAUACAAUAAGUAUUACUAUCAACAGCAAAGAGAAAUAUCCAAUAUUUAUUGGUUUAAGAAAAAACAUUUUUUUAUCAUUAUUUAUUUACAUCAAUUAUUCAUAGUAUAAAUUUAAAAUUCGUGUAAAAGAAUCGUACCAAAAUAUUUUGUUUUACCACUUAAAAGGAACUUUUAGAAAAUAAUUCCUUUACUCCACGUUUUUCGAGUGGAUCACUUUCAAGGAAAUUCUUUAUCUACAAAGGCCUAAAGCAGGAAAAUAUUUAAAGAGAAGCGCUAGUUUGUCUCGUUUGUUUGUUGUGUUCUCAUCCUUCUUCUAUUAUUUAUUAAAUGUGGUCGUAGUGUCUAAUUCUAACAAAAAAACCAAUCUAUAAUUUAUGGUACUGAAAUGGGUUUAUACCUAGACAAUUACAAGAUUAAAAGUCAAGCUGCAAGUAAACCACAAAAACACUUGUAUGUAAAUAUCAAAAGUCAUUCGUUUUUCUUUAUUUUUCAUUUAACAUUUUUAAAAGGUGGAAAAUAUCAUGUAUAAUCUUGAUUAUGAUAAGAAAUUUUCAUUCAGAGAGUUAGAGAUGUAAAUAAGUUAUUAAAAAUGAUUCCUAUACGAAAUUAAAAAAUUAAUCAACUGACUAAAUAAAUAAGUGUUUACGUGUGAAGUAAUAUUUUAACCACAGUAACAAUAAAUUCUCUCAAAAAGUAUAGAUAUAUAUCAAACAAAAAUCUUUUCUACUACUUCGUUUAUAAACAUUUAUUGGAAAAGAAACGUCCACAUUUACUUGCAGCUAUUUAAAUUGUAUGAAUUAAGUUAAGGGUAUUUAUUUAUUUUUUUUGUCACGUCUGCAGCGUGAAAUUCUUGUACUGUAAAGGUGGUUGUUAUAAAAGAUUCGUUAUGCCAAGUAAAUGGCUUAAAUGCACUAAAAAAUUGUGCUAUUUCUCCUAGUACAAAACUAAAAAAUUGUGCUAGAAUUUGUUCACUACUUUCGAAAUUAAUUCAUUUUGUGUCAACAAAUUGUUUAUACGUAUUUACAAAAUCAUUACUUUUCUAUUUCAAAACUUGCAACAUAUAUAGAAUUUAUUUCAAGGAACUUUUAAUUAGUGGUCAAUAUUCAUUGUCAAUGUGAAAAUGUAUCCAAUCUUCAACCAUCACAAACUACACCAAAUUAAAGAGGAAAGACUAGUGCUGUCGUCACCUCUCAUAGCUUAGUGGUGAAAGCAUUGGUGAGUAAAACCAAAGGUCCCGGGUUCGGCUCCCGGCGGGGGUGUGACAGCGGCAACAGUUUUUCCACAUUCAUUUGAAAUAGUGGAUAAGAUUGGAGUAACUUUCACAUUAAUUUAUGUAGAAUUGUGUGAAAAAAAACUACACAGAAGUAAGUCGAUGUAUAAUACAGGCAUCUACUGAAAUUUCGCUGCUAACUGUGCUACUUCAAAGUGUUCCAAAGUCGGAUGAAAUGCUAAAAUAGUAACCUUCUUGAUUCUAUAUGAGCGAGUUACAUUCUGAUUAUAAAAUACAUUAUGAUACGAUCAUCAGUUCUUGUGAACUGAACGCAAAAACAUGGGUUAAUGUGCGAACUUCUUUAAGUAAAAAAGAAUGUAAUCCAAGUUGCAAGAAAGGCGUUCUCUUGACUGUUCUCAUACCUAAAGGGACUGGGAUUAUUCGCAACAAUGUCGGAAGCAGACACGAAAUUGGUCCAUAAAUCGCUUUACUGUUUUAAUAAAAAUCAGUUACUCGAGUGUUCUCCCUCGGAAGAGGAGACAUGGUGGUGGUAUCACUGGGGAAGUAGCUUUACUCGCUCGUCCUUUUACGACAGAACCCUUUCGUGCAGUGUCGAACAUAAAACGAUGUCGAUAGUCAUAAAAACGGCAUGACAUAAGUGUCACUCAGACACAAUCCAUAACCUUCUCUCGGAGGCAUUAAAGUGCUCCAGUUUUAUGAUUAGGGGGUCACAUAUGUACCCUGUUCGUUGCGACAUACCUACUGGAUAAAAUUAAAAAAAAACAAUACAUUUUGUUGACCAUAAAAAUUUCUGUGGUUCAUUCUGCAGCAUACACAGUUUUAAUCUAAGAAAAUUCAAGGAAAGUUUUAUUAAACUCAUUUAAAAGUCAAGUGAAAUCGACCCCGAUUAAAAAAAAUAUUUUUCAAAAUCAAAGCAUACAUUUUUUGUAAAGUUGUAAAAGGUCCUUUGUCCAGCUGGGUCUCUAGCGUCUUAUUCAUUGAACGAAAUCGUAAUUGGUAGACACCUCCUAAUACAGUAUUGGAGGGUGUAAGUAGGGAUACAUAAAGUGCGUUUUAGAAAAUACUACAAAUGACGCAGUAAACGCCAUCUGUAGCACGAUGCUACAUUUUAGGAUUACGUAU